GUUUGUUGUAAAAAUGAAAACGUGAUAAGAUAAAAAUAAAAAUCGAAACCAAAUAAUCAAAAUGGUUUCACUUUUUGAAAAUUAUGAACAGCAAUAUUCAGUGUUAACAGCGGAUAUAACCGCUCAAGUUGGCCUCCUGACAGCUUCAGCGACUAAAGACCGACGACAGCUAAUCUCGAAUAUAGAAAAACAUCUCGAAGAAGCACAAGAACUGUUGGAGCUGAUGGAUCUGGAGGCCAUGGAAUUGGAACAGUCAAAGAAACAAAGGUGUAGGACAAAGUGUGAUUGUUAUAGAGCCGAACUAAAAAGACUGACAUUGGAUUAUAUAAAGGCUAGAUCAGUUAAACAAGGAAUCUUGUAUGACAGUUCAGAAGAUUUAAAUGAUAUUAGAAUAUCCUCAGAUCAAAAACAAAGACUUUUAGAUAAUUCAGAACGAUUAGAAAGGACAAGUAAGAAACUAGAAGAAGGGUAUAGGGUUAUAGUAGAAACAGAAGAGAUUGGGAUUGAUGUGUUGAAAAAUUUAGGUGAACAAAAGGAAUCCAUUCAGAGGAGUAGACAAAGGCUAAGAGAAGCUGAUGAAGAAUUAGGAAGGUCAGGGAGACUGAUGAAUUCAAUGAUCAUGAGAACCAUUCAACAGAAAGUUGUAAUCUACAUAAUCUGUGCCUGUUUUGUUGUAGCCAUAUGCUUAGGAGUUUAUUUGGGAGUCAGAAGGAGCUAAGGAAUACCCAGAUAAAGUAGCUUAGUGGAAACAUGUUCAGUUUUUAUACAUUAGAUCAACAUGAGUAUUUUAUAUAUUUUUAACAUUGCUAUAAGAAAAGGUGUUAGAAAAACAUCUUAGAAUUUUAUCUAUGUAGGACACCUCAUAUAUUUGUGAUUAGAAAUGAAAGAUAUAUUUAUUUUGAAUCCACUAGGGAAACAGGAAGAUUGUUUAAUAUAAAAUUUUUUCUUUAUUUUAUAAACAUAUAUGAAUAACAUUAAGAUUAACUAAGAAAAACUGUCACUAACCUAUGUUGUUGAAAUUAAGACAGUCUGAAAUUUUUUUAACACAUUUUGAUGCGUUCAGACGACCUCAGCGGCUGACUUGAAGCACAAAGCGGCUUAGAUCCAGCAGACAGAAACGCAUUUGUCUCAACAUUUCAUUUCAUGUUUGAUUUUUCGACAAAUCUAACCACAAUAUUUUCAUAAAUGCUUUUAUAAAUACAUAUACUCGUUCAGUACCAAACUGUACUUUCAUUAUUCCAUUGUAAAUCCAUUUUUUAGAUCAAUCGAAUUUUUUUAUUAAAAACUCGUGAAAAAUUAAAAUUAUUAUUGUGUACCACGCAUGCCCAAGCAGCCGCUGAGUUCAUCGGUGGUUCAUCCAGUGGAAAUAAAGUAGGCUUAGUAAGUUCAACAGCGGCUUGCGCUGGAUGCGUCUGGACGCUACCGCUUAAGGUCGAUUCAGACACAUCAGUCACGUCUAGUCACAGUCCUGGCGCCGAACCGAACAAUCCGUCAUACAAAAUAUUCUUUAAUACAAAUAUGUUGCCGGCAUUCACAUUCAUCAGGCGACGAACAGUUUCCCAGCUGUCAGGUAGUUGAUAGUUCUGUGACUAAACAGGACCGUUUCGGCGCCGAGACUAUGACGGGACUGAUUUGUCUGAAUCGACCUUUAGUCAGCUGUUUAGCCGCUAAGUUCGGCUGAACGCACUCUGUUUCACUAUUCAAAAAAACUAUUAUGAGAUAAUUCAACAAACGCAUAUUUUCCUCGAAAAAACUUUUUGUGAAAGAACUGUAUGUGAAUAUAAAAUCAUUUUAUAUAAAUCAUUGUUUAAUAGGUAUAAAAUACUGACUACAGUAAUAUAGACUAAGCCAAAAUAACUAUUUAUUUACAAUAAUCAAUGCUGGAUAUUAAGAAACUGUCAGUUAAUGAAUUAUUUAUUGUUUAUUAGUAAAGAAAUACCCAAGAAGUAUCUUAGAGUAUUAACAGUUUAUCUGAUAUUUAUAAAUAAGUUGAUAAAAGACACACGAAUGACUAGUUCUCAAAUUUUUAGCACAGUAAAAGGAUAUGUUGGUAUUCUAUGAUACUUUUUGCAAACAUUGAAUUGUAUUUUGCGUUAAAAGUACUGAAAUUUUCUGCAUUUAAUUUUUAAAGUACACAGUGGCAACCUAAGUCAAAUAUUUUUAUCAAGGGUCAACCAAAAAUAUCGGUUUUUGGAUCAAAAACUAGUAUAACAUAUGACGUAAGUCAGUUGUCAACAUAUAACCUUACUUUUAAUCAAACGAUCGGAAACUUAAAUAAUUUUUUAUUUAAUCUAUAAUGUAAACUAAUAAUAACUGUUUAUCUUUGUAGACUAGUAUGAUAUUUUAUAUUUAUUGUAUGUGAGAAAAAAAAUUUGCAUACAUUCAAAUUUUGUCGCCAUAUUAUAACUGUAACUUCGAAAACAAGCAAUGUUUUAUAAAAUAAUUUUGAUAUUAUGCAUUUAAAAAUUAUAUUUUAUAUCUGACACUAUCAUAAAUUAACAAAGUAAAAAAUAUGCUGGAUGUGCAAAAUGUUCAUGGGUAAUAGUGAUAUUAAAUAAAAGAGUUACAAAAUAAAACAAGUUACUUGAUAUUAGUAGCUCGGUUUUAAAUAAAAUCAGGUAAAAUACCAUCAGACUGGCUAAAAUCAACAUUCGUAACAUUCCAAAAAAUAUCCAAUGCGUUACACUGCGAUGACUAUUUACAAGAAGUGUGAGUUUUACUUGAGUGACACUCAUAGAAAAGUUAUACUGGCGUCAAACAGCGACAGCUUGCAUAAACGGAAAAUCAACAGAAAUAUGUAAAAUACAAAGAGGUGUCAGACAGGGUUGUAUACUAUCCCCACCAAUUUAAUUUAUAUUCAGAUAGAAUAUUUAAAGAAGCGCUGCAUAAUUUAGAAUGGGGCGUGAAAGUUAAUGGAAUUCUGAUAAAUACAAUCAGAUAUGCAGACGAUACAGUUAUUUUAAGUGAUGACAUGAAUGGAUUACAAUGCCUUUUAAAUGCCAUUGAUACAGUGGGAAGAGAGUUUGGCCUAAACAUAAACUGUUCAAAAACAAAACACAUGGUGUUUAGCCGUUUAGCACAUCAAGAUGCACGAUUAUAUGUUGAUGGUCAUAUAAUUCAAAGAGUGUCCAGUUUUAAAUAUCUUGGUUGCCAUAUUACUGAACAACUAGAUCCAGAUCAAGAGAUAAAAUGUAGAAUCGAAAUAGCCCGCACGACAUUUUUAAAAAUGAGGUCAUUCUUUUGUAAUGAUAUCUUGAAACUUCAACUUCGAAAGCGUAUGGUUAAAUGCUACAUUUGGUCAGUUCUCUUAUACGGUGUCGAAGCAUGGACAUUAAAAAUAUCCACCAUUAAUCGUCUGGAGGCCUUUGAAAUGUGGCUGCACAGACGUAUACCAAAAAUUCCAUGGACGGCUAUGCUGACAAAUGUGGCAGUCCUUGAGAGAGCAAAUGCUGCUCGCGAGCUGCUUGAUAACAUCAAAUUUAGAAAGAUGGCCUAUUUUGGACAGUAAGACAGAAUUUUGUAGUAAGGGGAGACCGAUAUAAUAUUCUUCAACUUAUUAUGAUGGAUAAAAUCGAAGGACGCAGAGGAAUUGGUAUAAAGCAGGCCUCUUGGUUGAAGAAUAUCAGAGAGUGGACAGGAAUAAAGAAAGCUGAGCAACUCUUUAGAAUAGCUCGAGACAGAGACAGUUUCGCCAUGUUAAUCGCCAACGUCAAGGGGACUUAAUAGAGCACGUUAAGAAGAAGAAGACACUCAAUUCGGAUUUCGAAAUGGAUUAGGACACGAGAAGCUCUUUUUGCCUUAAAUAUGUUAACACAACGAUGCAGAGACGUGAAUGUAUAUGUAUAUGCAUGUCGUCAACUGGAAUUGACGAACAAGACUUGCGAAUUACCUCAGAUCUAUCUAUCUAUAUUGGCAACAAUUAAAAUAGAGCACACAAUAUCCGAAGAUAUACGAAUCCGACGAGGAGUGUGGAUAUUCAGAAAAGCAUUAGAUGAGGUCCAAGGUGGAAUCAAAAUUAACGGAACCAGCAUAGACAACAUCAAGAAGAUUAAAUAAAAUCUUUCACAAUCUUCAUGACACUCGGAUUCAACAAGACGGGUCCACAUACCAUACAGUCCAUGAAACAAUGCAAUUACUCCAUAAGACAUUUCCUGGUUGUGUACUCACUCGUUUUGGUGAUCAGAAUUAUUUGUCAACAAGCCUACAACCACAUGUGCAUUGAAGGAGCAAUUUAAUACUGCAUUAAUGAAAAUGGUCAUGGAAACUUUUGACAAAAGAGUGCGCAUGUGUCAGUAAAGCCGUCAAAACCAUUUGUCUGAUAUGCUAGUCAUAUUAUGUACUUUAUGAUUUAAUAGAAAAAUUACAAUCUAAAGAAAAAAACAAUGUUUUCUAUUCAAUUAAAAUUUUGCAUACAUUUUGAGACACCUUUUAUAUAAAAUUUACUCAAUACUGGAACAUUUUGGCUUUGAUUGGCAUACGAAAGAUCCAUUAAUGAAUUAUUCGGGAGUUAUCUGUGAUGAUGGUCAUAUUAGAUGGAAAACCAUUCAUUUAAGUUAAUCUAACCUAAAAUUAGGAAUUUUUGAAGUCAUAGGCUUAUAAUACCUAGACAGCGUGCUGCAAUAUAAACCAGUGUUUAUAUUGCAGCAUAUCUUUUUCGACUGCUCGAAUCUUUCUUCUCUGUCGCACUGGGGAACGGGUCUUUAUUGCAGCACGCUGUCUAUGUUUGAAGUACUAUGCGUUGACAAUGGUCCAAAUUUACUUUUAAAAAGUUGAUGUAUUAUUUUUCUGUACUUUUAACUUUUUCCAUCGCAUAACCAAAUAUAUUAUUUUGCUGAUUUUAACUAAAACUCUGUAUAUUUCAUUUUUGUUAGAGAUGUAAGACUUUCUGUCCGAUUGACUGGCAAAAUUAAAGCUUUAAGAACAAUAUUUAAUAUUAUCGUAACAAAACACGAUAAUUGAGUGCAUUAAGAAGUUAAGUUCAGUUUAUUUAGCUGCUGAUUUUCCUACUAAUGGUUUUUCUUGUUCAUGCUUUUUCUUAGAUGUUUUUAGCUCUUGUGUAGUAACAAGACAAGUUCUACAUUACAUCUACACUACAUUAAUCUCUUACAUCUUUCAAGCAGAAAAUUUUCCUUUUUUUUAACUUGUUUUAUUGAUCUCAACAUCUCAUACCAUUAAAGAAUAAAAAAGAAUUGUCAGAGACAAUGGGGCAACGGUAAAUUCUUCUAAUGAAGCCUUAAGUAAUCUUCCACCAAAUCAAUUGAGUGUGUUCUAUUUUGCGCCACUUGUUUUCAGUUGUGUCCUCAUCAUCCGUCCAUCUCAUUUGUGAUUGGCUAUAAGACUAUUAAACUGAAUAAUUUUCAGAUAUUAUAACUAGUUUUUCUGAGCUGCUUCUUUGAUUUUUCUCUGUUUUGUGGCUGUUUAUGCAUUUUUACAUUGUACUCUGUGCAUGUAACAAACAUACACCCACGCAUGUUUGCGUUUCUGUGAUUUUCUGAAAUCUGUUUUGAUGUGUUUUAUGCUGGUUUAUCCUGACAGUUAGUGGUCUUGACGUUUCUCCGACAUAGAAAUCUUAAUCCUAUACAAGCAUAAUAUUUAACUACUUGAUAUAAUCUCAUUAGAAAGAUGGAUGGAUAGGACUUUAAACUCACUUUAUUUUAUAACUUUUAUGUAUACAUCGUUUAAAAGCGAAAAACCAAGACUAUACACUUUGAGACACAAUUUAUAUAAAAUACGAUUAUAAAAUCAAAUAACGAGUUAAUGUAUAAUGGUAUAUAUUUAUUGUACAUAUAAUAACAAUUUGCGGGUCAUUCGGGCACUAAAUCUGUAUAUAAUUUAUUAUUUGUACAUUCCUUUAUAAUUUUCAUAGCUGCAAAUGUGAUUGUCUUUAAUAUAUUUAAGUUUUGAUUAAACCA